AUGCCCAUCAACCAGACACAGUCAGCUAUGGUGCUGCUUCUUUUCAUCGCUUUGCUAGGACUCUUCUUUCAGCUGAACUCCCAGCAAGACAAAGGAGCCCACGAUCAGAACCACGGGCUGCGCGCCACGAACCGUCAGCUACAGGGUGCUGCCCAAUGCUCCCCCACGUACACUGCUGUUCCUGGUCUCUCUCCAGGUUCCAACGUAGGUCGCAUCGAUGGGCUUGCUACCAUGGAUGACUGCAUGAGCGAAUGUUGCAGCAACGACCGGUGCGAAGCUAUUGUUUGGCAACCUGCUCGAUACCCCACUCGCUGCUACAUGCUAAAUCGUAGCUACGAAAGUAACUAUCGCUCAAAUAGCAACUCCUUUGUGGCGAACAAGUCUUCGGCCGUCCCAUCAACCAGUCAACCCACCCCAAGCCCAAGCAAUAGCCCAACUGGGAUGCCAAGUCAUGGACGGACCCAUGCACCGACGAAUUCUCCCACAUUCAGUCCAAGCAGCACACCGUCUGAAUCCCCAACUCCCAGUCUUACUGAAGAUCCCACCAUGGUCCCUUCAGCGCUCCCAAGCAGUACCCCGACUUCUGUUCCAACUCCCAGGCCCAGCCAAGAGCCCACCCAUGCACCAUCAGCAGCCCCGUCCCAGACACCCGCCAACACACCCACAUUUGUACCAACAACUUCUGAUGAAGGCCUGGUAGCCAAAGAGGCUCUGUAUAACGAAGUUGGGCUUCAUUGUGACGACUACUCCGAUGAUGCUUUCCACACCUCCUGUAGCUGCCAACAACGCUGGUGUAAUAGCAUCUCACCUGACUCUACGUGCAGCGCAACCCAGGAAGGAACCGUCUGCGAGUGUGAUGUGGGCUACUUGGGGGCCCGCUGCGAGCAAGAAGACACUGAGUAUGUGGAAUCGCAGAAGCAACUUCUCAACGAUGCUUCCAUUUCCUGCCAGAAUUACAACGAAGGGUGGUUUCACACUUGCUCGUGCGAUGAUGGAUAUUGUGCUCCUGGUGGGACAGAUCAUGUAUGUUAG